AUGUUUACGCUAGCAGCAUAUGACAAUGAGUACUUAAAGUCCAUGGAACAAACUUCUUCAGCAACACUCUUAGGUUUCACCGAUUCCUCUUCAGAUCUUCAGAUUCCUCUCUUCCUCGUGUUCCUGAUCAUAUACGGUAUCACUGUGCUAGGAAACCUUGGCAUGAUAGUCAUCAUCCGGGUUAACCCGAAACUGCACACCCCCAUGUACUUUUUCCUUAGUCACCUGUCAUUCGUUGACUUCUGCUAUUCUUCCAUUGUUACACCCAAGCUGCUUGAGAACCUGGUCAUGGAAGAUAAAAGCAUCUUCUACUGGAGCUGUGUGUGGCAGUUCUACCUGUCUUGCUUCGCUGUGGUGGCCAAGUCCUUCUUGCUGGUGGUGAUGGCCUAUGACCGCUUCGUGGCCAUCCGUAACCCCCUGCUGUACACAGUCGCUAUGUCACAGAGGCUCUGUGCUCUGCUCGUGGCUGGAUCCUACUUCUGGGCUCUGUUUUGCCCCUUUGUGCUCUUUUGCUAUGCUCUUCAGCUAAGCUUCAGUGGACUUAAUGUCAUCCACCACUUUUUCUGCGAAUAUACGUCCCUCAUUGCGGUCUCUACCUCUGACAUACACAUCCCCCUACUGUUGCUUUUUGGCUUUGCCACUUUCAAUGAGGUGAGUACUCUCCUGAUCAUCCUUACCUCCUAUGUGUUUAUUUUUGUGACUGUAGUAAAAGUCCCAUCUGCCAGCGGGCGUCGUAAAGCCUUUUCCCCCUGUGCCUCCCACCUGACGGCCAUCACCGUCUUCCAUGGCACCAUCCUUUCCCUCUACUGCGUGCCCAACUCCAAGAACUCUCGACACACCGUCAAAGUGGCCUCCGUGUUUUACACGGUUGUCAACCCCAUGCUGAACCCUCUGAUCUACAGCCUGAGAAGCAAGGAUGUAAAGGAUGCCUUCAAGAAAGCAGUAGACACAAAAGUCCCUUUUCACUGA